CGCAAUAUUGCCCACAAUCCUAAAAAGAUCUUAACUGAUUUAUUCUUUGCACUAAAACUCCCACCAGAAAUAAAAAGCAAACAAACAAUGGCGACAGCUCGAAAACAAUUAAAUCACCACACCAACACCUAAUCAAGCACAAAGUUUUGACAGUUCAUCCGGGCCAACUAGUAUGACAUUCCUACACCCCUACGUAAAUAAACAAUAAAUCACCGCUCCGGCUUUGACCCAGCGUACAAUCGAACGAAGCAAACAAAACAACAGGAAAAGCUCGUAAACGAUUCCUUUACUGAGACAUGAUGUAUACUAGCAGUUUCGAACGACGACUAAAUAUGUUAUUCCAUUAACCUGGACCCGGGAUGCCUUCCGCCGUGAACCCCUUCCCGUUUCCUCUCUCUCUAUAUAUCACAAGCUAGAGCGCACGAUCAUCAGGGAGACAACGACAACCCGUGUACCGCAUGCAAAUGGUCCACAUUAGCCCGGUCCCGGAGAUAUAAAUAAGGCGAUGCGGUAAUGUAACUCCGUCUUAGUAGUCGCCAGAGGCACUAGCAAACAGAUGAUGAAGACAACUUCCGUUGGACAUAAAAUUGAAUGGAGAAGUAGGUGUGUGAAAUGAGCUCCACGCUCCGGACUCACCGCGAGGUGGAAAAGGGGCAUGGUGCAUCCAAAUAUUAUUCUGAAAAACUCAUAAAAACACUGCGAUCGGGCGUAACUGAGCGACAGAAGCAUGCGUAUGACAAGAAUCCAAAAACAAUAACAAAACAACGGGCAAGAGACCAGGACUGGAACGCGUGACUAUUUAUAAUUUUAUCACGUCCGAUGCUAGUUAAACGCAGUGCUAGGCCACAGGCUGGUGGCCGUUGCACUGGCAGGUGACGAUGAGCGCGUCCUUUGGUGCGCUAAAGAGCGACGCCAGCACAGGUCGGAACGAUGAAAUAGCUUCAUUUUCACAUCAAUUUAGGCAAGUUUUCGCGCCUGUCCAGUCACCUCUGUGGUGCGUCCACGUUGGUACGUUUACAGCGAUUAUUUAUAGCCUAUCCGCGACAACUGGCCCGACAAGGCGAAAAUGAAAUAUAGAUGUCACUCAUUUGUUUUAAUAGUCGCGGACCGUGGCCCCCGCGGAAGAAACCCGACACAGCCGAUUUUUAUUGGCACUUUGGGCAGACUACGUGUGUCCAAUUAAUUUUCGCAGAAUCAUCAACGAGAUCCCAUCGAGAGGUUGUCGCGCGUGCGGAAUAUUGCAGUCAAAUGGAGUGAGUCACAUGGGAGCUUCAACUUGCGCGAAGCGCAUAUGAGAUUGGCUAAAUCGCAUUAUAAACGCAGUCAUAAACUCGUAAAUUAAAUUUAUGCUUGAUUGUGAAAAAUAAGACCGGUGUGGACUGUUCGCGAAAAGAUGCGAUGACGAACGGCAAGUCGAGUGUAUUAAUCAAGGUUUUACAUGACUGCAAUUUAUACGUGACAGCUCACGGCACUCAUGGUCUUGGACUUACCUCGGAGUACCUCAAUGCUCGCAACGCAAUCGCCGAUCUGCACCCGGCAAGCUCGCUUGCUAGCGCUGAUUUCCACUUCAGCAUCGAUGCAGCCAGUCGACUUAAUAGUCCUCGACCCGGGAGUAUACGGGCCAGUGUCAGCCGCAAACGUGCCUUAUCCUCGUCGCCAUACUCGGACUCGUUCGACAUUAGUUCGAUGAUACGUUACUCCCCCAAUUCGCUAGCAUCGCUCGUCAAUGCAUCCCGCAGUAGCAGUGCUAGUGGAUCCUACGGUCACCUAUCAGCCAGUGCCCUCGGACCGGCACUCGGAGUCCACAGUGCAAUGCCGCCGCAUCUGCAGCAUUUACUGAGAAGUAGUGGGUUCCUGCACUCUCUACCUGGGCAUCAUCCACCAACGGCUAGUAUGUUCUCGCUACCACCGCACCAUCCGCUGCAUCCGGGACAUUCCCUAACGAAGCCACAGCAAAUUACCGAUCUCUCCAGCAAAAAACCAGAACAACCACACUCCACCAACCAUGUGACACGCGUGGAAGCCGACAGUGCAAGUAACGCCCAGCAGAAAAAGUCUCGCAUUAAGCGAGAACCUUCGAUGCACAUCCCGAUGCACAAGGGAAGCCCACCGAACGGUUCAGCAAUGAUUACCUCCAACCAUCAGCUCAGUCCGACGUCCACUCAGGGUAUGUCGAACGGAACAUCCACCUCAACGGCAGCUACCUCCACCACACACAACGGAGCACACGGUUUGAAUCUCAGCCCGAUGCAUACUAUGGACAGCCAUGGUAUGUGCGGUUCCAAGGUGGAUUCUACCGAUCCGAAAGAUGAACCAGGAGACUUUAUCGAAACCAACUGCCACUGGCGAGACUGCUCGCUAGAGUUCAACACCCAGGACGAGCUGGUGAAGCACAUCAACAACGAUCACAUCCACGCGAACAAGAAAUCCUUCGUCUGUCGAUGGGAUGAUUGUUCCCGGGACGAAAAACCGUUCAAGGCUCAGUAUAUGCUGGUGGUGCAUAUGAGAAGGCACACGGGAGAGAAACCGCACAAAUGCACGUUUGAAGGUUGCUGCAAAGCGUAUUCUAGGCUGGAGAAUCUUAAGACUCACCUGCGAUCACAUACCGGCGAGAAACCAUACACUUGCGAGUAUCCGGGAUGCAGCAAGGCGUUCAGCAAUGCUUCCGAUCGAGCUAAGCACCAGAACCGCACACACAGUAAUGAGAAACCUUAUGUCUGUAAAGCGCCCGGGUGCACCAAGCGAUACACGGACCCGAGCUCGCUCCGGAAGCACGUUAAGACGGUCCACGGAGCGGAGUUCUACGCUAACAAAAAGCACAAGGGCAACGGGCAUCACGGUGGCAGCGGUGGAGGCCACGGAAGCGGCGGAGAUGGCGGUGAUGACGGAGACGGGUCGAAUCACAUGUUCGACGGAAGUCCAAGGAGUGAAGACAUGCAGAGUGGCAAAACAACAAGUAUGAGCAGUCCCAGUAUCAAAUCGGAAUCGGAUGCUCACUCGCCUGGUCAACCUCCGAUCAACAGUCCGAUGUCGAUUUCAGCCCUUACCGCUGGAUUGGUGGAAGACUAUGAUGGCAAUAGUAUGCAGCUGGGAAGCCUAGCAGCGAUUGACGAUCCUGCCUGGCCAUAUGUUGAUGAGGAUCUUGAGGUCGCUGAUCUUCCGUAUGUCCUUCGUGAAAUGGUUGACAUGGGAGGUCCAACAUCAGCAGCUACAACUGGAUCACGUGCAGGAGCUCCGAGGAACCGUUUUAAGAAUCGUAUCAAUAACAAGGGUUCGCUGAUGAGUAACAUGCUGUCCAACAUCCCGGAGAUCAACAACUAUCGCAACACAUUCGGGUUGGGCGAGCUGAACCGACGGAUCACCGAUCUCAAGAUGGAACCGGGUACGACACCUCCUCCGCAACCAUCACCAGUAUCCAAGAACUGCCCGACUGAUUUCGGUCAACUGAGACCACCGACUGGUCCGUCACCGUCGUGUACGAACGCGAUGAUGACGAACGCCUACCUUAACCCGGGUCAACUACGCAGGGAUAGUAAUAAUAGUACAACCAGUAGCUCAUACUACAGCAUGCGUUCAGCAGACAUUAGUAGACGAAGCAGUCAAGCGUCCCAGCAGAGCUCGAUUUCGACAAUGCGUCCGACCAGUUACUACAACUCAUCCUUCUAUGAUCCAAUCUCGCCAGGGAGCUCCAGGCGAUCCAGUUCAAUGUCAACGGCUACGAACGGAGGUCAAAGCUUACCUCCUCCACCGUCUUCUCAUUUGAUCUCGACGCACCUUCAACGGUUCAAUCAGGGUUCGGUGGGAAAUCAGGUAGCUGGAAGUUCAAGGCAUUCAAUCCCGAACAAUAUGAGUGGUGGAAGCUACUAUCAUCAACAACAGCUGCUCGGACAGAUAGAUCGCAGAAUGUCAGAGCCAGUGACAGCCAACCAACAUGGUUCUGUCGGAAUAGGAUCUCAGUUUGGCCCAGGUUUCGGUGGACCUCCACGACCGGUUUCAGCAGCUCCAAAAAGUAGCACAGUUACCUCCGGAGUAGUGGCCAAAGUUCCUACACCUCAAGCUGGUAAGCUGCAUCCCAACCAGGAAGUUGUUCUAGACGAGGUCGAGGAAGGUGAAAUGGUCGAAAACAAACUUGUAAUUCCGGACGAAAUGUUGCAGUAUCUGAAUCAAGUUGCAGAUCAGGAGAGUAAAGUAACCGUACCGCAGGGUAUGUCAACUCCAAACUCUACGGCGGCAGAUAACGCAGGACCUUCUGGUUGGAAUCCCACCAAUAAUUCACCACCAGCAUACUCCGCAAACACAAUGCAACCACCUCAAAAGCAACCGGCUUCUUUUAGCCAGGCACAAUCGAACCUGAACAAUGUAUUGAUGAGCCCCCAAUCGCAAUACAGUAACGACGAUUGCAGUCUUAUGAGCAACGUUAUGUCCCCACAGACGCCACAACACCAAAUGAUGUCCCCGAUGAUGCCGGAGAGUGCUUCUGCGCCACUGACGCCACAGCAAUCAACUCCUGUGCAAUGUCAAGUACAACAUUUCAACCGCUUCAACUUUCCACAGAAUCAACCGAAUCAGCCACCUCCGUUGCGACAGAUCGCCUGCUCAAAUUUGAUUGGCUACUUCCAUCGUACGGAUCAAAGUGCUCAUCACUGCUGCCUGGCAAUGAUGAUGCAAGGUUCACUCCACAUCAAUCCUUCCUCCGGAGCUAACAACAGCAACUCUCAACAGUACAAAAACCCCUUCAGUAAUCACUUUAACUCAAAUUUUCCGGCAGCUUCACAACAGCAACAAACUGCCCCUUCUACUCAGUCCCCGCACCCAGUGGACGUGGAAAUCCAGUGUGGAGAUAUCAGUCAGUCACAAAUGUCCCCCGCAGUCGCUACCCUAGCAGCCGCGCAACCUGUAUCAUCCAGUCCUCACCGUCAAAACAUCCCCCAGCAAACUGCUACCAAACCGAUGGAGAGUAGCCUCCAAACACCUCCACUUCCAUCAACUCCCACCGGAUUUGGUAAUCCAGCCCCGAGUGUAGCGAACGCCACCGGAGUCGCUGGUACAGCAACCCCAGCAGCUGCAGUAGCAACAGUAACAGCAACAGUAUCCGCACCAGCAGCGACCGGAACCCAAUCGACCAUGGGUUCGGAUACCUACCAACGUACUCUGGAGUACGUUCAAAACUGCCAGAACUGGGUAGAAUCAGCCGCGGAUAUGGUCAGUAGCAGUACUCACCCGGCAGGUGUUGGAGGAACCAGUGCCGUCGCGGCUGCCACGUCGUCCAAUCUGAUCAUCAACGAUAUGAGCACCUCACUCAGUUCUUACUUUGAGGAGGAUCGCUACCUGCAGAUGAUUCAGUGAGUUGCGAUGUUACAUGAAAUUAUUACUUGUUUUAUUUUUGUUUGUUUUCAAACUCAUUGAUUGAGACUUACUUGUUCGGAAGUUGUGUAGUGAAAAAAUAGUGAUAAAAUGAAGAAAAUCGGUAUAGAGUAAUAUUCUCAGUGAUCAAACGUAGCGAAAUGAAAGCACAUUGAUUUCAUUCAGUUUGUAGAAAAUUUUAGCCGUUAAGAGCCAGCGAUCAAUUUAGAUGUGUAAGAUCAGCGACAGCAUUUUCUAGCCUUGUAAGAAUCCACCUUUCCUCUAUGAAACAAAGACGAUAGAUUUCCGUCAUUUUCAGUGUCUAUGUUUAAUUUUGAUCGUGUCUUCCUAUAGGAUCAUAGGUUUAGUAACUAUUUUACGCCGCUUCGGUAAGUGACUUUAAUCGAUAUAAAGUAGUAGAAUAGAGUCGAAAGAGAGGUUUUUUUCCUUUCUCAAGAGAACGGCUCUUGUGUAGGCAAAACGACAAUUGUAAGAGAUUUAACAAGAGAGCCUUUACUAGUACCUAAGGUCGAUUUAUAUUGUGUGUAAAGAAAAAUUGUUUUAGUACAUCGUUUGUGCAGCUUUUGUACAUAACUGUCUCGAUUAUUAGACUUUAAAAAGAUUCAAGACAAUCGGAAAAUAAAUUAAUGGUUAUAUUACACUGAAA